GACAUGUCAAAUGUGAGACCUACCCGCAUCUUGUCCUUUCCCCAUGCUUAUGAGAGCAAGAGCCACUGUGCAACUCCAAUGGCUAGCUUCUGCCCUCCCUUUAGCCUCUCCAUAGACUAGGUCUGACAGGAAGGGCUACUGCAAGGGCACCAGGGAAUUUCCGUUUUGAAGACCUUAACUAUGCAACAGCAGCCGGGACCUGGUGGGGGCAAGUUAUCGAAGACCUUCCACCCCAACAGCCCAAAUUCUUUCUUUGCCUAAUUACACACACACACUUUUCUCCAGCUUUGAAAAUAGGAAUCAGCCAGCUAUAUACAUUAAAAUAUUUGAAAUGGUACACAAAUUUUCACUCCAAAAGAUCCUCUUUUAGAAAAGAGAAUCUGUUGACUGUUUGCCUGAAACCUCAAACAUAAUAAUUGUUUUAAGUAGCGCACUUCUGUUAAGAUAGAUAAAUAAAUUAAUAAAAUUUAAAAUGUGUUUCUUUGAUUGAUUCUAUGAAGCUCUUCCUGAAAAGCUGAAUACUAAAACAGGAGGUUAUCCCGUCCUAAUGAAGUAGCAGCAAAGCAUUGUAGCUUGCAUGUUAAUCUAUUGCUGAUGCAUUGGUGACGAAUAAAGACUCUCAAAUAACAUUGCAAUGCAGGCUAAAUAUUUAGUCCAGUUAAAAAGAAUGCACACCCAAUUUGCACAGUGUGUCUCUAUUAUUUAUUUCUUUAAGACUUUAACUGCCUCUUACUUUAAUGCACAAUUUGCUUUUCCUCAUUUUUGUGAUUGCAUCGACUUGGCAAGUGCUUAACACUCUCGUUGUAACACAAUGGCAAUUUAAACAGCUUAAUCUUUAAUAAUAUAUUAAGAUUAACAUUGUCAUUUUGGGUUUUUUUGGAUACCACAACAUACUAAGGUUUCUAUGAUACUCUUGCUGGAAAUAAAUAUGUAUACAAAAAGAAUUCUGGAAAGAGACUCUACCUAGGUAGUAGCCAGCCGCAGAGUAAACAGAGCGAGUGUUUGCCUUGCCCCCGUUUGAGCUGUGCUCCCUGACCCCAGUGGCAGUCCCUUCUCACUACACUGCACUCUCAGGCUUUCUUUCUCCUCCCAGAUCGAGGCUGCUCUGUCUCUCUCUCACACAGACACACACACACACACACACACCCCCGGCUAGUUCUCUGUUUUUGCCCGUCUCAUUUCCACUAAGAGCCAGCCGGGGGUCCCUCAGGGUCGAAGGUUCUGCCCCGCUCACUCUGGCUCCAACCUUUCCGCCUCCCGCGCCAGCUUUCAUCCUUCAUGGAUCGGCGUCUUUAACUGCACAGAGGGCGACCCCGGCACGCAUCCCGGCCGACGGAAAGACUGUGGCCAAGUGUGGUGCAGUUCUGUUCUGAGCUGAGGUUCUGAAGGAUGCACACAGUCCGGCUUGGCCCUGGAUCCUUGUGAACUGCUCAUGUCCAAAAGGUGGAAGAAUGGCUCAUGGAAUCCCCCCCCAGGGCAAAGUGACCAUCACGGUUGACGAGUACAGUUCUAAUCCCACACAAGCCUUCACGCACUACAACAUCAACCAGAGCCGCUUCCAGCCCCCUCACGUCCACAUGGUGGACCCUAUCCCCUACGACACUCCCAAGCCGGCUGGCCACACGCGCUUUGUUUGCGUCUCUGAUACACACUCCCGCACAGAUGGCAUCCAGAUGCCAUAUGGGGAUGUGUUGCUCCACACUGGCGACUUCACUGAGCUGGGCCUGCCUUCUGAGGUCAAGAAGUUUAACGACUGGUUAGGCAGCCUACCAUACGAGUUCAAGGUGGUUAUCGCGGGGAACCACGAGCUGACGUUCGACAAGGACUUCAUGGCUGAGCUGGUCAAGCAGGAUUACUACCGUUUUCCCUCAGUUUCCAAGUUGAAACCAGAGGACUUUGACAAUGUCCAGUCACUCCUUACGAACUGUAUAUAUCUUCAGGACUCUGAUGUGACGGUGAAGGGAUUCCGCAUAUACGGGACGCCCUGGACGCCCUGGUUCAAUGGAUGGGGCUUCAACUUGCCCCGGGGCCAGUCUCUGUUGGACAAAUGGAACCAAGUGCCAGAAGGCCUCGACAUUCUCAUGACCCAUGGACCUCCGCUCGGGUUCCGGGACUGGGUUCCCAAGGAGCUUCAACGGGUGGGCUGUGUGGAGCUGCUGAACACUGUGCAGAGAAGGGUUCGCCCCAAGCUUCACGUCUUCGGAGGUAUCCACGAAGGUUAUGGCAUCAUGACAGAUGGGUAUACAACAUACAUAAAUGCCUCCACCUGCACCGUCAGCUUCCAGCCCACCAACCCCCCUAUAGUCUUUGACCUCCCCAAUCCCCCAGCAUCCUGAAACCACAGGGCAGUUGGAAAUGACUUUUUUUUCUAAAAAUAAGUCAAAUGAAUUCUACUAAAUACAUGUUUAGAUUUGCUUUCCAAAAUAUUGUUCUUUUGUAAUUUCCUGGUUCAAAAACCUUAUGAAUGCCAGAUUUGAAGAUCAGAAAUUAGUAUUGAAAUUGGAUUGGAUCUGUAAAAUAACAAAGCUUUGUGAAUUUGUACAAUUUCCCUGCAUAUUUUGCUUGCAUUUGCUGGAUAUGUUGAUAUUAAAUGCCAUUGUAAGUUUUUAUGUACCUUUUUAGGACAAUUAAGCUUUGUUUUGGCAGAAAUACUGCCUUAAACUUUAGCUUUACAGUACUUUGGGAGAAUGUUGUUGCUUGUAGCAGAGAAGUAGUUCCUUAUUUAUUUUCUGUUACCAAUUAGCAAAUAAAACAUUCGAUUAAAGGAUCACUAAAGUUUAUGGAUGAAAUCCUUAAAAAGACUAUUUAAAGCUAAUGUGCUGUUCUGUAGAUAAUUUGAGAAGUGCUACCUAUAUAUUAUGCUAAAUUUCUUUGUAAAUGUAUAGCAACUUACCACCAAAAGAGUUCUAUGUUAAUUCUAUGUUAUAUGCUUAAUGUGGGUUUAUGUAUCUAUGUAGGUAUGUGUGUGUAUGUAUGUAUGCAUACAGGUUUAAGAACCACACGUACAGUCACCUGUUUCUCUAUCAUGCAGUAUGGAUUCCAUCGUGAUCCAGUUUUCCUUAUGCACGCAAGAAAUUAAUCAUUUGAGCAUAAGGAAUUUGCAAGAUAUUUUUAUACAUCUGCCUAAACACAGUUUACUUGUCCUUUAAAUCUUAAAUAUUAUUGUAUUUGCGUUUAUAUUGUCCUUUUUUCUAAUUUUUGCACUGUGUGUAAAUGCAAUCUUGCUAGCACAAAAAAAAAUGUUGCCAAUAGUUGUGUGAACUUCGCAAAUGUAAAUGCCCCAUUCUCUGAUUGCAGACUUAGUUUCCUUCUUUAUGGGAGUUUAGCGCUGCUUCUAUCUUUGUGUUUAUUGUGAUAUAUUUAGCUGCCUUUAUAUGCAAAUAGAAUUGCAAGAUUUUUACUUAUUAAAUACAUGUCUGUUUUUAAGAAAACGUUUCAUCUUGCAUUGAUAUUGUUGUGCAGAUAGUGACAGCAUUUAAUUCAUACAUUUUAUAUAAAAUUCAACAUUGAAAUCAUA